UAGUCAGCAUUUGGAACUAAGCUGGGUUGGGGGCAGGGAACCUGGAGUGUCCCCCUCCUUCCAAUCAGUGUUUACAGGCUGAAGUCUGAGUGUGUCUCUGUCAAAAAUAACCCCCUGGAGCCUCCCCCCCAGCUGCUCUGGGAUUUCACCAGCCACGGGUGGCUGCUCAGGCCAGCCUUCAACCCGAGAGAUCACUAGGGAGAGGAAGAGAGAUUUGGGGGAUGUUUGGGAGACCGUUAGAAGAUACUGGGAGUCUCCAGAGACGACGAGUGCCCUCCUCCAUCCCUGCCUGUGGCUUAGGCUCCCCAGCUCACCCCUGAGCACCCCGCUUGGGGCUUGGGAGCGGCAUUCCAGUUCCUGGCUCCCACAGCCCUCCCCUCCAUCCCGGUCUCUCCAGACCCAGUCUCUCUGUAUCCCUCUCUCCGGCCUGUCCCCUGUCUCUCCCAGUCUCUGUCUCUCUUUUGUUUUUCUCAGCAGUCCUCCCUGCCUGCCUCCCUCUCUCAAGCUCUCUCCCUCCCCUCUCUCCCUCUUCCUCUUUCCUCGCAGGGAGGGGGCGGGGCCGGUGGGGGCAGCUCCACCCUCCGCCCGCCCUGGGGCCUCAUUCUGAGAGAGGCUCUGAGAGAGCCAGCGGGGAGGGAGGGAGAGAAAGGGAGAAAAGGAAGGGAGCCGGCGGGGCGCUGUGUGUGUCUGUGCGUGAGCGAGUGUGAGUGAGUGUGAGUGCCGGGCCCUGCCUCUGCUGGUGCCCCGGCGGAGGGGCCUGCUGGCCUGGGGAGGGCGGGCGGGCUGCUUGGAGGCAGAGGCAGAGGCAGAGGCGGCGGCGGGGAGAGCAGAGGAGGAGGAGGAGGAGGAGGAGGAGGAAAGAGCGGAGCAGCCAUUGUUGAGGGAAACCUUGCAAACAAAGAAGGCUCCGGACUCCCCGCGGCCCCCCGCCCCCCAGGCCGGCCCCCUGGCCCCGGGUCCCCAGCCCAGUGGCCAUUGUAACUUUCUCCCGGGGCUGUGGCCGCCGUGGGGCGGGCCGAGGCCGUGCGUGCGAGUCUUUGUGCAGCCCGCGGAGUGGAACUCCCAGCCAGGCCUGCCUGUCCCACUCGGGACAUGAGCGGCUGAAGUUGGCCCCCACUCAGGCCUCACCCCUGCCAGGGCCCCUCUGGGCUCGCAGCCGCUCCCCGCACCUCUCCUGGCCCCCUCAGUUCUCCCAGGUUGUUCCUCAAAGUCAUUCAAGCUGUACUCACCCAAGGAGCCCCCGAACGGCAACGCCUUCCCCCCCUUCCAUCCCGGCACCAUGCUAGAUCGGGAUGUGGGCCCAACUCCCAUGUACCCGCCUACCUACCUGGAGCCUGGGAUUGGGAGGCACACACCAUAUGGCAACCAAACUGACUACAGGAUAUUCGAGCUUAACAAACGGCUUCAAAACUGGACAGAGGAGUGUGACAAUCUCUGGUGGGAUGCUUUCACGACUGAGUUCUUUGAGGAUGAUGCCAUGUUAACCAUCACUUUCUGCCUGGAGGAUGGACCAAAGAGAUAUACCAUUGGCCGGACCCUGAUCCCACGCUACUUCCGCAGCAUCUUUGAGGGGGGUGCUACGGAGCUCUACUAUGUACUUAAGCACCCCAAGGAGGCAUUCCACAGCAACUUUGUUUCCCUUGACUGUGACCAGGGCAGCAUGGUGACCCAGCAUGGCAAACCUAUGUUCACCCAGGUUUGUGUGGAGGGCCGGUUGUACCUGGAGUUCAUGUUUGAUGACAUGAUGCGGAUAAAGACGUGGCACUUCAGCAUCCGGCAGCACCGAGAGCUCAUCCCCCGCAGCAUCCUUGCCAUGCAUGCCCAGGACCCCCAGAUGUUGGAUCAGCUCUCCAAAAACAUCACCCGGUGUGGGCUGUCCAAUUCCACUCUUAACUACCUCCGACUGUGUGUGAUACUCGAGCCCAUGCAGGAGCUCAUGUCCCGCCACAAGACCUACAGCCUCAGCCCCCGUGACUGUCUCAAGACCUGCCUCUUCCAGAAGUGGCAGCGCAUGGUAGCACCCCCUGCGGAGCCUGCACGGCAGCAGCCCAGCAAGCGGCGGAAAAGGAAGAUGUCAGGGGGCAGCACCAUGAGCUCGGGGGGUGGCAACACCAACAACAGCAACAGCAAGAAGAAAAGCCCAGCCAGCACCUUCGCCCUCUCCAGCCAGGUACCUGAUGUGAUGGUGGUGGGGGAGCCCACCCUGAUGGGCGGGGAGUUCGGGGACGAGGACGAGAGGCUCAUCACCCGUCUGGAGAACACCCAGUUUGACGCGGCCAACGGCAUUGACGACGAGGACAGCUUUAACAACUCCCCUGCCCUGGGCGCCAACAGCCCCUGGAACAGCAAGCCUCCGUCCAGCCAAGAGAGCAAAUCGGAGAACCCCACGUCACAGGCCUCCCAGUAAAGGCUUUGCCAUGGCCACCGCCACCCAGCGCUCUGCCUGUCUGCCCCACCCCUCGAAGCCCCAGGGAGCAGAAGACAGAAUGAAGAGACUGAGCAUCUAAAAUGGGCAGCCUCAUCCACCCGCUUCAGGGAGGAACUGGACUCACUGGGGGCAGGUGCCAAGAUUUGCCCCCCCAGUGGCCCUGGGCUGGGGCUGGCCUCUGCAGAGCCUUUUGGGGAAGGGGGUACUCAUGUGGAUGCCUAUGUGGACCCUGGGCCUCUGAGAAAUGUCCUGACCACCUCCCAGGGCAUUUGCCUCCAUCCUCACCCCAGGUUCUGGGUUCCCUCAUCCUCCUGACUCCACCCUCUUCAAGCCUGGGGUUGUCUAUGCCCACAGCCCUUAGGGACUUAAAAGUUAUGGGGCUUGAUUGAAUGCCCCUCCUCCAAACCCUCCCCUUAGGUGGCUGGUAGUAGAGGGGUAAAGCUUUGGGCUCCUCCCUUCUGCCACCUAUCCCAGCUCCAAGUUUUUUAAAAAAUAAUAUUAUUAAAGAUGUAAGUUUAAAAAAAAAAUCACUCAUGUCCCCUAUUUCCCCUUAUUAAAGGUCCAGCUACCUCCCUAUGCCUGGCAGAUGGAGAGCUUAGGGCCUAUGUGGAGGUAGUGGGGUAUGCAUCACCGUUUUACACAGUUUGGAGAGCUUCAGACCAAGGAGACACUUUGCCAUCUCUCUUCUCUUUUCCUCUGGGGUGACUGGAGUUGGGGAAGGCAUGCCAUGGGGGUAGGGCGCCAUUGAUGGCCUCACUUUUGUGACAGCCCCCUGCUGUUGUCUCUGUCUCCCCAUCCUCUAGGACUCUGGCCUGCCCUCCUAGUGCUUGUGACUCCUUCUAUCCCAGCCCCCAACCCCCUCCCUCCACGGUGUGUAUAUUCUUUACAAGUCCUCCACUAGAGCAGCUGUCUUGGAUGGGGUGAAGGGGAGGCUCCCUGCCUUAGGGAGUGUGGAGGGAAGGGAGCAGCCUUGUUUGUCACUGUGUUUUUUGUUUUGUCUCAGUUGGGCAGGCAUGGGUGGAGGAGGGGUUCAUCCACUCUCCAGUACUCUCUUUCCCCAACUCCUCAGACUGCAUAUCUAGUCCUCCCCUGCCCUUCAAGGAGGGGGAGAAGCCACUGAGGGUGUCCCAGCUCUGAGCCCACCAGGGAGCAAUAGGCUUUUGUCCUCCAGCUGAAGUAAAGGCCCUUCAUCUCCCAGUAUCUCCUCUCUCCCCUUCUUCAUAGAAGGACAGGGGAGGCAGCCAGGAUCCUCAGCUCUGUUUCACAAUUGGACAUGUGGAGGCUCCAGGCCCAGGGUGAGGCCGAGAGCAGGGUCCCAUGAGUCUGGACGCAGCUCUGUGGCUUCGCUGCCUUCUCCUGUGGCCAGUUCCAGAAGUGUUAGCACCACCUCUCUCCCCACUCUUCCUUCUGGAUUCUGGGGUCCCCCACAUCCUGUUUCCUCUACUCCAGCUGCCACUUUUGGAAGGAUAUUGUGUCAGGAGCUGAGGGAAGGGGUAGGGAAGGUGGAUGUCCCACCCCGCCCGCUGUAAU